AUGGCAGCCAAGAUGCUGGAUUAUCUCCAUGCUCCCGUCGAGGGUUUCUACUUUCUUGGUGCUCUAACGUUCGGUGUCUGCAUCCUACAAAAGCCGAUCGUGUUGACGUUCAAGAGACGUCGAACAGUACUUGUACUGAUGUUCAUCAACCUCGUCAGCUACUUCGCCGAAACAAUAUACUAUUUAAGUCGCGCACUCUCCGACGAUGCGUACGCGGCUCCUCAACACGCUGUUAUCCACUGCCUAGGAUUGAUCUUGGUGUGGGGUUGCUUAAGUCUCCAGCUCUCAAGGGCCGGGUCUAUGAUAUGGCAUCCAUACUUUGGGGCCUUUGUUCUUGAGUUUUUGUUUGAGACGGCACUCUGCGUUCUGAGUGGAGUUUCUCUCUCUGUGAAGGAUCGGUAUAACAACAUCCCUCUAACUUUCUGCGCACUACGAGCUCUGGCAUCAUUAGGCCUCAGUAUCGAUGGCCUUCUCAUCCUCCUUUAUCGCCAGACCGAGAAAGGCACUGAUGAAGAAAGUCAAUCCCUCCUCGGAGAACAGAUCCCGGAGACCCUGGCCCAAAAUGGCGGAACAAAAUACGGCUCCAUCGAUACAGAUGCUAGCAGUGAUGAAGAAUCUGUGGAUGUAGACAAAGAGAUCAAGGAACAACAGGCUAAGCGUCUCGCGGAGCAAGGCGGUUGGUUCGGCUACCUCAAAUCCUUCGCCAUCUUUUUGCCAUACCUUUGGCCGAAAGACGACUGGCGGGUCAUGCUCGCUCUUGCCAUCCGCUUUGUCUAUCUCAUUCAGGGGCGUGUUCUCAACUUGCUGACCCCGAGACAAAUCGGUAUCAUCACGGAUAAGCUGUCUUCGGGAACACACGUCAUGCCCUGGAAAGACAUCGCACUCUGGACAUUCUACUCCUGGUUCAACAGCUACUCUGGCUUUGGCAUCCUUGACAACUUCGCCUCGUAUGUCGUCCAAAACGUCGCCUACGAACGCCUCACCGCAUUAGCCUUCUCCCAUAUCAUGAACCUCUCCAUGGACUUUCACACCAAUAAAGACAGCGGGGAGGUUCAGAAAUCGGUCGAUCAAGCCAGCUCGCUGAAUCAAUUGAUUGAGCUCGUCCUCUUCGACGUCUGCCCCGUACUCAUCGACCUCGUCGUCGCCAUGUGGUACGUAACGCACCUCUUCGACGCCUAUAUGGCCUUCAUAAUCCUUUUCAUGGGAGUCGUAUACAUCUGGCUCGGAAUCUACUUCACGACGCUCUCGCAACCCGCGCGACGAACAUACAUGGAAAAACAGCGUACCGAGAACAAAACCGUCUACGAAUCCAUCUCGAACUACCAGACAGUCACGUACUUUAAUCGCGUGCCCUACGAGCAGGACCGCUAUGGCGGUGCUGUGAAGUCGACGAUCAAGGCGCAGUAUACAUAUCUCUUCCGUUCGGUGGGCGGCCAUGCGAUCCAGAGUUCGGUCAUGACGUUCGGCUUUGCCGGCUGCUGUAUCUGGGCUAUUGGCCAGAUCAUCGCUGGAAAGCAGCCCGUCGGGAAUUUGAUUACAUUUAUUUUAUACUGGGAUACGAUGAUGAGCCCGCUGUACAUGAUGGCGUACAGCUAUCGACACAUUUCAAGCUGCUUGAUCGAUUCAGAGAGGUUGUUGCAGCUCCUAGAGACGAAAUCGACUGUAAACGACAACCAAGGCGCUGAAGACCUAGAAAUCAAGGCUUGCAGGGUCGAAUUCAAGGACGUGGAUUUCGCAUACGACCCCCGGAAACCUAUCAUUAAGAACGUCUCUUUCACCGCCGAGCCUGGCCAAACGAUAGCGUUUGUCGGCGAAACCGGCGGCGGCAAGAGUACGAUGCUGAAACUGUUGUUUAGAUACUACGACGUUACAGGCGGCUCUAUUAGCAUCGAUGGCCAGGAUAUUCGCUCGGUGACGCAGAGCAGCUUAAGAGAUGCCCUUGGUGUAGUACCUCAGGAUCCUGCCCUGUUUAAUCAAACUAUCUACGAUAACAUCCGCUAUGCGAAGUUGACUGCUACGGAGAAGGAGAUCCAAGAUGCAUGUCGCGCGGCUGCUAUGCACGACAAAAUCAUGAGCUUCCCCGACGGAUACAAGUCCAAAGUCGGCGAACGUGGUGUGCGCGUCUCCGGCGGCGAGCUCCAACGCAUCGCUAUUGCACGCGUGCUGCUGAAGAACCCGCGGAUUGUCAUGUUGGACGAAGCGACUAGUGCAAUCGACAGCUCCAUCGAAGAAAGGAUCCAAGAAGCAUUUAAGAAACUUAGGGCGGGACGGACCACGUUCGUUAUUGCGCAUAGGCUAAGCACGAUUGUGGAAGCAGAUGUCAUUCUGGUCGUUGAUCAGGGGGAGAUUAUUGAGCGUGGGACUCAUGCUGAACUGUUGGAGAAGGGCGGGAAGUAUGCUGAGUUGUGGGGGAAACAGACCGCGGGGAAUCAUUCAGCGGUGCCAAGUAAGGCUGGGAGUACGGUUGGCGAAGGCGAUAAGAGCACGGAGUUGCUAAUUGAUAUUACGCCACCGGAAGAACAGGGCAGUGAGGCGAGGGCUUCCGGGAGGAGUGGGGAGGAGGGAGAAGGGGAGGGCGUGGAGAGGAGGAAGCCUUGA